CCUACUAUAUAAUGUUUUACAUCGGACAAGUAGGUAUACCUCUGUACUCUGCUGAUUGUAUUUGGGUUAGAGGUUUAAAUUAGCUUUAUGUUUGAGCCAGGGUGCUAUUUAUAACAGCUUGAAAAAUACCUUCAAUUUACCAGAACGGCGUUCCGGUAGUAGUGAGAUAUCAUAACUCAGAUUGUAGUAAAUUGAAUUGCUUUGUUAUUUGAGUUAUAUGAGAAUUUGUUAUAUGAGCUCUGGUCCUACAAAAUCCGCCCUGGAUUUCAUCAAGAUGAAAUGUUUAUACAACUCAGUUUUAUUGUAAUUUAUUGCAACGGCUUCUUACGAGUGUUGUAGACGUACUUAGGAUUGUAAUUCACCCAAUAUCGCGUCAUGUCUCGAGUGUUUCGAGAUAUUAUUGUUCGUCUCAUAAUAUCACUUGUGACGUCAUAGUCGAUUGCGUUAACGAGAAUCUCAAGUUCGAAUCGUUUUCUGGAAUUUAAUCAUUCUAGAAAUAUUGCUUCUGAAAUUUAAUACUAUGACGUCACAAAAGAACGGAAUGGUAGAUUGUUGCGGAUUAUAUACGUCAUAAUACGAAAGUCGGAAAACACUUCUAUCAACGAAUGUCAGUUAUUUCGUAACAAUGCUACUUGUUUAAAUGGUGAGUCUAUGACGACAUAAACUAAUGACGCAUCCAGUGUUGCCGGGCAAAAAUUUUGCGGUUUGUUUCUUAACGAAACGGAAAAUAUUUUACCUGGCAACACUGGUCGAUGUUCGGAUGUAAGAAAGCGCUAAACAAACAAUGUUAAACGCGAUUAUUCCAUCACAAUAUAACGACGCGAAAGUAUUGUAACGCUGUAAAAACUUUUUCUUUCAAAAUCAAAGAAUUUGUGACAUCAUAAUCGACUAUUUAUAUAAACCGUCAUAUAACUUGGCGUCCACGUCACAAUAAGGACGCGAUUUCGAUCAAAAAGAUGAAAUCUAGUUUUAUUAAACAUCCAAUUUUUGUCGCCCGAGAAGUCAGCCUUCGAAUUUAGAUAAGCGCCACUUAUAAGUCCGUGGUUACUGUUAGCAAGACCUUGAGUGUAUGAUCGUAUUCUAGAGUCUUAUAAACCACGAAAGCGUCGGAGAAACCAAGUUUUCUUGACGGCUUAGUCAGCUCUUACAUCCGCCAUGCGCGUGGUUUAGUUAAGCCAGGUUUAGCCGUGUUUGGUUCGGUUAGACUGCGUUUAAUGGCGUUUGGUUUAGGUAAGCUUAGUUUUUAAAGCGUUAUCUUUGUUUAAAAUAUAUUUAAUGGCUUUUAAUUUCGCGGCGUUCAAUGAAAUAUGACCCUUUACCAAUAUAGCCCCUUACAGACAAAAUAGCUUAUGCAUCCUAAAGGUAUAAGCUAUGUGUAUCCCUUUACCUUGUCGUCUGACAAGGUUUUAGCAUCAGUUAUAGUUAGCGUUACAUCUGCAAGUAAGAUCCACCAAUCAACUGCAUGGUAACACGGAUUUGCUUAAAUUUAUUUAUUCGAGUAAAAUAUUUAUCCUUAACGUACUGAGACAAAGUUCUUUAAGAUAUACACUGUUUUUACAGCAAGCGUAUCCUUGGUCCGAUGUAAACAUUCGUCGGUAUUGUCCAGUUUUAAUUAAAGGUUUCCAUGUUAAUGAGAGACAGAGUAUUGUGGUUAAGUCAACAAUGUUGGAUGUGUGGAAAGUAUAACACGUGUUUGUGGUUAUAACAAAUUUUAUUUAACUUUUUUCUGAAUCAUCUGAGGAAGUUUCGUUUUUAUAUGCAGUUACAUUGAUAUAGAGAAGGCGUUGUUUUAAAUGUCUACAAUAUAGUACGUUGAGCAAUAUAUAUAGUGUUUAAAACACGUUACCUGUACAAUGAGGAAUGUCUCAGCAGCAGUUGCUUUACGGUCAGUUAUACGAGCUGGCGGAGAUGCAGGGAUAUCAUUACGAAGUACAAGGACGAGUGAAGUGUCAAGCUUCGUUAAGAAUUGUAACUUGGCGGAAAAUCAUGUCCUUAAAAAAGAGUUGAACAUAUGGCACAAAGAUACGAGGUUCGAGCUUCGCAAGAUGAACAAGCAACAAGACGAUAUGUACAGAUCGCUACUAAAGCUUAGUCGAGCUAAGAAGAUUAUCAAGAAGACUAGAACAGAUGACAGGAGGGACAAGGAAGAAACCAUGAAGUGGAAAAAGUCGAAACGAAGGAACGAAAGACGGAAUGUGGUUUCCGUGGAAGAGUUUCCGCAGAGUUUAGAAAAUGAACGUAAUAAUUUAAAUGAGUGUAUUGACAAGUUAUCCGUCCAAGAAAACUACCAAGACUUCGACACGUCAUCUAGAUUCACACGUACCCAUGUUCCUGCUGUGACAAGCGAGUGGUUAGAAGAACCGAACCAGUGUGUACCGUUAACAGUUUCAAAUUUAAACCAAUUUAACUUGGAAAGAGACGAAAUCGAAGAUGGCGAGACAUCCGAAGUGUUUGCAAAGUCGAACAAGUCUGGUUCGUCGCAGAAAAACCUUCAAAAACAAAUCGACGUGACCAAUAGCGCAGAUAUUGAUAUUUCUUUCAAGAAGAGUCAACAAUUAAACUCUACUAUGACGUCACAGAGUGAAGAUGAUGACGUCAUAAGCGCUGUGGCGUUGGAGAACGAGAAGCCGGCAAUUAGAAGAAGGCAAACAAUAGCUGGGGGUUUGGUUGAGGUUGUUUCGCAACCCCUACCGGGACUUUCCCUUAAAUCCAUCCAGGUACUUCCCAAGGAAAAACUGGGGCGAGUACAGACGGUGGGGAAAUUCCCCAUGUUACCCAGGCCCCCACACGCACAGCGGUUGAAAAUGACGAAGUUUUCUUCUAUGUCGAACGUGCUUGCUUUCAACGAGGACGACGAGCAAUCUGUAGCUUCUGUUGUGAAGACGAACUUAUCAAUCUCAGAGACUGAUGAUAUUCCUACUAUAAAUCAACUUAUUGAUUUGCCUGGUAAUAUGAAGGUUUCCGAUCCGCUGGAAAUAAUAAGAAUGGCAGACAACGACGUCACUAAACAAGAUGACGUCAGCACCGAUGACGUCAAAGUUUGUCAACCGAAAAGGAAACGACGACGAAAACGUAGGAAGUUGCAAGUUGCGCGUAAAGAUCCUUCUGUUGAGUUGAACAAUCGUUCAGCAAUCGAGGCGCUUGAUGGGAAGAUAUAUGACGUCACCGUGUACAAGAAAGACGCAGAAGGUAACUUGGAAGGUGACAACAUGUGUUGGGACACAACGAUUGAUGUCGCCAAGUAUUUUAAUCUGGCCAAGUUCUCAGAAAAAAUGAAAAGAGAAAAGUUACUUGGUGACGCAAAGGACAAAGAGACUCAACAGCGCCGUCGCGUGAGUGAAUUUUUAAAGAAAUUAUCAAUACAAGAGGAAGCGACUCGACAGGGCAACUUAGCGGUAAGUUGUUGCAAAUAUCCAAACCGUGAGGUGGCGGUAAUAAGCCAUACAUUGCAGAGGAACCGAGCAGCUGAAGAAGCAAGACUUGCGUUGGAGAAAAGAAUCGAAGCUUUAAAACGGGGACCCCCCAGAUAUGGUACUGGAGAAAAUAAGGGAAUUCCCAGCUACGUCAGAGACUACGUCAGGCCGUCCAUAAAUUCCCAGCGUAAACAACGGAAUCGGAAACGCUCAAGUUGGUCGAUACCAUCUCUGUUUACACUACAAGCUUGUAGUAACAGCAAGUUUGGGAAUUCCUUUAAUUCGUCCAUUCGUGGUUGUGGGGGCUCUCCUCCAGGUGGUUUCCCCGACGCGUCAUCGCAUCUUGUGAAUAUCAACGUCGAGAAAUAUUUGCUGGAAGUCUCGAACACGUGAUCGUUUAUUAAGCGUUAAUCGCGUAUGUUACGUAAUAAAGAUAUUAAACUUGUUACAAUG